AUGCAGUACAUUGCGGCCAUAACCAACCCAAACAUGAGGGAGGAGGUGGAGAGUGUGAAGAACGUCCUGCUCAAGUCCAACUGUGUGCUAGAGGCAUUUGGUAACGCUAAAACCAACCGCAAUGACAACUCCAGUCGCUUUGGGAAAUACAUGGACAUCAACUUUAAUUUCAACGGAGAACCGACAGGAGGACACAUCAACAACUACCUCCUUGAGAAGUCCAGAGUGGUUCAGCAGCAGUCAGGAGAGAGGAACUUCCACUCCUUCUAUCAGUUGCUCCGAGGAGGAUCUGAAGACGUUCUGAAGCGGCUCUUUUUGGAGAACGACCCUGCACUUUACACAUACACCAGAGAGGGCGCUGCAGCCACCACUUCGUACAAUGACCGCUCGAGCCACAGGGCAGUGCUGAGUGCGCUGCAGGUGAUUGGGUUCACAGAAGAAGAGAUCCACACAGUGUACGAGACGCUGGCCACAAUCCUGCUGCUGCCGACGGAUCAACAGAGGCUCCUGCAGUUCUACGGGCAGCCACACCGUCUGUCAGUAUGGCUGCUGACGGUCAUGUGA